AUGUUGUCAAUUUUCCCCGACUUGAAAGGCGAGGCAGGGGGCGGGAUGCGUAGCGUAUGCGUACGCGGUUCUUGGCACGAGUUCAAUUCAAUUAUUUAUUGAUUAUGUUCAUAUGUCCAUCAAAAAAUAGAAGAUAAUAUAGAAAAAAAGCGAUGCGCUUGAUUUGAACUGGCGCCGAGAACCGCGUACGCACACGCUACACGUCCCGCGGGGGAGGGCUAUUUUAGAAUGAUUUGGGGCGCGGGGGAGGGGGCUAUUUUUAGAAUGAUUUGGGGCGCGGGGGGAGGGGGCUGAUUUGGACAAGGCUUGAAAUGCUUAUUCCGAAGUUGGGUGGGGGAUUCUUGAAGAUCGCCUAGCAUUCCAGAGCGUCACAAAAAUCUAUUAGACUUAUUUUCUUGAUCAGUAGUCUAGAUGCAACCGCGUCUCAUCGAAGUACAGCGUAGGAGUGAAAAAAUGGAUACAAUCUGUUUUUGGGCAGUACUUCUCUGCGCCCUCCUCAUCUCUCUGAUACCCUCACAUGUUGACGAGCUCUUUCCGUGUUUCUCUGACCUCGCCAGUGAAAGAAUAGUGAGACGCAGACACCCGAGAAAUAUCUAGUGCCGCGGGCGGACCAUGUAAUCAAUUACAGAUCCUUCAAUGUGAGCCUUAUGGAAUUCACACUUCUGGCGGUUUCAUUCUGGAUUUGACCUCGAAAAGCGCUUGGUUCUCGGCCUCACUCUUCGUCGGCUUCACCCCCCAAGUGAUUUUCUACUCUUCUCAUGGAAUCUACAAACUGCAAAAGCAAAGCAGCCACAUGUCCAAUAAAACGAGAAAUCUCCAAAAGUACUUUUUCUACAAUUUGUGCGCACAGGUUCUAGGAUAAAUAAAUGACCAAACUAUAAAUAUCCUCAGGCCAGCAUUCCAAUGAUUUUCGUUUGUGUGCCUCUUAUCUUCACAGCUGUGUUGAUCAACAGCUCUUUUUCACAGUGUAUGGACAAAGUUAAAGGAAAUUUGAAUAUAUCUACUUUCAGGGAUGUCUUCCUUCAUCCUUAUCAUGUUAACGUCACACGGUGGAUUUUCAUCAAUUUUCACUGUUUUUUCCAAUAAAUUCUAUCGGAAUUUCUUCCUCAAACUCUUCCGUUUCCACUUCUUCAGACCCAAGAAAAGUAAGUGUGAUUGCUUUUUUAGAACUUAAUCGUAUUUUUCACAGCAACGAUCCAAGUCUCGAACGUCCUUAUUUCACAUGGAUCCAGCAGAACCUUGCAAUGA